AGGUAGCUCGCUGCUAGCUGCCCAUAGCCGACUUCCGCGGUGUUAUGAGCUCAGUAGCCGACAUCAGUAGAUUGUUUUAGUUUUGAUAGUUGCAACGAUGACCCUCUAACACCAAGAAUGGACAUAAGUUAACAAUGACGGGGGAGAAAAAGAAGAAAAAGCGGAUCAACCGCAGCAUUCUCCUUGCAAAGAAAAUUAUAAUAAAAGAUGGAGGAAGUCCUCAGGGAAUCGGUGAGCCCAGUGUUUACCAUGCGGUCGUGGUCAUCUUCCUGGAGUUUUUUGCGUGGGGACUUCUCACCACCCCAAUGCUCACGGUUUUACACCAGACAUUCCCUCAACACACAUUCCUGAUGAAUGGACUUAUCCAUGGUGUCAAGGGCCUGUUAUCAUUUCUGAGUGCUCCGCUGAUUGGAGCGUUGUCGGACGUAUGGGGACGCAAAUCCUUCUUGCUGCUAACCGUCUUCUUCACGUGUGCACCCAUUCCACUGAUGAAGAUCAGCCCAUGGUGGUACUUUGCCGUUAUCUCCAUGUCCGGCGUCUUUGCCGUCACCUUCUCUGUGGUCUUUGCGUAUGUGGCAGAUAUCACGCAGGAGCAUGAGAGGAGCACAGCAUACGGUUUGGUAUCCGCUACCUUUGCAGCCAGCCUGGUUACCAGCCCGGCCAUCGGCGCCUACUUAUCUGUGACCUACGGCGACACCUUGGUGGUGAUCCUGGCCACAGCCAUUGCCCUGCUGGACAUCUGCUUCAUCCUGGUGGCCGUACCAGAAUCGCUGCCAGAGAAGAUGAGGCCAGCAUCAUGGGGAGCACCCAUCUCCUGGGAACAGGCCGACCCCUUCUCUUCUCUGCGUCGGGUGGGCCAGGACUCCACGGUGCUCCUCAUCUGUAUCACAGUGUUUCUCUCCUACCUCCCCGAGGCUGGCCAGUACUCCAGCUUCUUCCUCUAUCUCAGACAGAUCAUAGGCUUCUCCUCAGAGACCGUGGCUGCCUUUAUCGCUGUCGUGGGGCUCCUCUCAAUAAUAGCCCAGACGGUGGUGUUGGGGAUCCUGAUGCGGUCCAUCGGGAAUAAGAACACGAUCCUGCUCGGCCUCGGCUUCCAGAUCCUUCAGCUGGCGUGGUACGGCUUCGGGUCUCAGCCCUGGAUGAUGUGGGCGGCUGGAGCGCUUGCAGCAAUGUCCAGCAUCACUUUCCCCGCCAUCAGCGCCAUCGUGUCCCGGAAUGCAGAACCCGACCAACAAGGUGUUGUCCAGGGGAUGAUUACUGGAAUCCGGGGCCUCUGUAAUGGUUUGGGCCCCGCUCUGUAUGGUUUUGUCUUCUACUUGUUCCACGUGGAGCUAACCGACACGGACGGCUCGGAGAAAGGAGGCAAACCCAACAUGGCCAACCCCACUAAUGAGAGUGCCAUCAUCCCAGGUCCUCCCUUCCUGUUUGGUGCGUGCUCAGUGCUGCUGUCUCUGCUGGUGGCGUUGUUCAUCCCGGAGCACACGGGGCCCGGCGCGAGGCCCGGGGCCUAUAAGAAGCACAGCAACGGGGCGCAGAGUCACUCCCACAGCCCUCAGGGCAGCGGGGCCGAGGGCAAGGAGCCGCUGCUGGACGACAGCAGUGUAUAACCACAGCUAAGGGGGGGGCAGACGGCGCUCUAACCCAACACCCCUGCACACACAGGACAGAAAUACACAUUUUAACCACAUGGACACACUCUCACCUCAGGCACACAUCAGACUCUAGUGCCAUGAAGAGGUGUUUGUGUUCACGGCACAAAAGUGGGCACUCCUUCCUUAGGCGGCGCCCCUCCCCCCCCACCUUUUCUUUUAAGCAGGGUAUUGUGAGGACUCUCUAAAGACCCGGUAUGGAGAGAGUGUGUUGAGUAUUCUUUUGGCCUGCCGUGGAAAUGUGUGUGUGUGUGUGUGUGUGUGUCUUGCUGAGCUGGACUCUAAUCUUUGGUUUCUAUAAAGCGAAAACAGAACCGGAUUGAUUUGGUUUAGCUUGUCAGUGGGGUGGAUAUCAAAUGUUACUAAAUACCUGUGUGAUUCUUCAUAUUAUUCUGUAGCCAGUGGAGUGGCAACUUUGUCCGUUUGUCCAACGGGAGUAACAAACAGUCCGGUCAGCACUUGUCUGCGGGUCUUUCCCCGAGCUCAAUUCUGCUCCGAUGCUCGUCUUUGCAAAUAGCGCCGUGUCAAAGCGCCCGAGAAGGGAACACAGUUGUUCCUCUGAAUGCACAGCAGCAACUCUACACCAAUCUCUGACAACCGGUGUAGCGAGAGGCGCCUGCCUAAUCUAGGUCAGGAUGGGUCAACCAGUUCAGAUAUAAGAAGCUUCGUAAGACCACACUUUGUUUUAAACAUCACACUUCCGACAGAGUUGUGUGUGUAAGAGAGACCACUUUAUUAGACAAUUUCCAAUGUUUACUUGACAUUAUCUAGAUUAGUACUACAGUUUUGGUUGUAUAUUUUUCUCUUAGUCAAACAAAUGUUGCCUCGAAGUGACUUAAAAUAUAUAUAUAUCCACGUAUAUAUAUAUAUAUAUCCACCCCUAACCUGUAUGAAGACCGAGAUCUGAAAAGGCCCUUAUCGUUACACACUUUUUAUUCCUUUUUGGUUACAUGCCCUUUCUGUCUGUCUGUGUGUUUCCUGACAUUUAUCACCAUCAGGGUUAAGGCUUCCAGAACCACGGUUUUAUUUGACACGCCUCUGGACCGUUUUGAGCGAGAGGGUCGCUAUCGGCACGUCAGUGUUGGCACUGACGGUUAAUACGGAGUCUUUGAGUGAAUAUCAUUAGGUUGAACGGAAUACCGCUCGUGCUGCUGCGGUAGAUAAUUCAAAGGUGAAGUGCGAUGUGGCGGAGAUACAUUUCUACAGUGGCAAUACGUCAAAUGAAACGGUUUCACAGAACCCCCCCCCGACAUUAACGCUUCCGUACAAAGCGGUGAUUAUCCGGCACUGCACAUUUCUCAAACUGUAACAAAGAAAUGGCAGAGAUGUAGUUGUGAGGCACCUCAAGGAACUGGCUUCAAACUAUCAGCCUUCAGAUUCUCUUCAAACGGAAGCCAUGUGUUCUGUCCACACUAUCCUGCGCCACCUAGAGCAAACGCAGCGUGUUGCAACAAUACUUUAGACUUGUAGAGGGCGAUGUUUGGCGCCCCCUAGAGGCAAGGAAGUAACACGCUCCAAUUUUGGCCAACGUUGCAGCGCAUUUGUCAUAAAGAAUGAUGUGUGAUGAGUGCAUUUAGGGUUUUACAUUUUUCUACAAACAGCUGGUCCCUGAAAUAGAAUAACACUAUAGCAUUAAGUUAUAGGCGUUCAAGAUUCAGUUAGUUCAUAAAAACAACAUCCUAAAUUCACAAUACCAUUGACCAAAAGAAACACCUAUUAGAUAAAACCAACACAAAAAUACACUUAUUUUGAAAGCUUCCACACAAAAAGCAUAAAAACAAACCUACAAAGUGUCCAGGAGGACAGAAGUUACACCGUGACUUUGAUGGAAUCAUGAAUGUCCCAACAUUUAUUAGGAAGUUUGUUCCAACACAUUCAAUCUAAGGUAGCAACAUGUAAAGCCUCAAACCCUUGGUGUCCACUGCACCACGCGUUGCGCUUCUUGGCUGUGGAUGGUGUGCGUCCGCAUAUCUGUGUACAGGUCUGAAUGGCUGCUGUUCUCUCUGUUGCCUAUAGUUGGCGCUGGUUGAACAUUAACUGUCUGGUCUUCAGUGACACUGUGUUCCCUUUGUUCACAUACUGUGCUCGCAACUAGUAAAUUAUCCUAAUCCCAGUUUUCAAAAGUUGGAAGGAAAAAAAAAAUCCCUCAAGUGCAUUUAAUUAGCCAAAAACAACUCUGGAUUAGUAGCUUCCAGAAGAGAACCUCUAUCUGAAGAGAAAUGUACGUCAUAUAUUUUGUGCCAAUUUUUUUUUCUCGGUUUCAUACUGUGUGCGCGUGUGUGUGUGUGUGCUUAUUCACUUGAGUGAUUUGAGGAAAAAAAUGCUUUUUUUGUUUUCUCUUGUCUUAAUUUACUUGGCUGAAUUGUAUUUUUUUAUUUAAUUUUGUAUAGCUUUUUAAAACUUCACCCAGUAAUUUUUAGGCUUUUUUUCAACAUUAUGUCGAGAUAGUAAAUUAUUGACUGUCCACCUAUCUUUCAAUCUCAGUCGUCAUUUAAUAACAAGCAUUUCACUGUGUUUAGUUCUAUUUGAUAUUUUUCCCAGAUUUAUGGUAUAACAGAAGUCACUGAAUGUCCAAAGCCAAGCUGUACAUGUUGACCCCGCUAUACCCUCAGCAUCUUGACGUUUCACAGUUUUUAUUAUUUCAGAAGGGGCCAUCGUUGUCCAUUUAAUCUCUGAAUAUCAUACUUUUUCUUAUUUUAUUUCAAAUGUAUUGGACCAACAACACAUUGGUAAAUCCAUGAGUUCAGAUCCUACUAAAUUUGGUACGGUUCUGCAACAGCCCCAUGUGCACUCGUACAGCUUUCAAGUAAAGUCAAAUGUUCUAAAUUUGCUCGUACGUACAGCAAGUGUAUAUAUUUAUUGCUCAAGGAGACGGUCUUGGUCUAUUUGGUUGUAUGAUGCAACUAUUAUAUAUUUCUUAAGAUUUACCUGCUGGCCACUCCUGUUUUUAGUACAAUGUGGUUUGUGGCCUGAAUUCCCUCCCCCCCCUCUAUCUCUCUGUGUGCCUAAAAUUAGCCAAGAAAUGAGUGUGGCAACAUAAAUAAAUGGUGGUUAUUAUGUAAAUAUGGGAAACUAAUGACAAACUAUUUAUUAAAGGUUUAUUGUACAAUGAAA